CACACCUACAGUGUAGAAGGAUCGGGUUUCGGCUUAAAUCGAGGGGUUUGGGGGAAGGGUAUUGGGGUUUAGCUAGUCCACGUGGGUGCUGUCCUCUACUUGGUGCUGAAAUCUGGGCGACCUCAUCCCGGGGGGCUUUCACCCCGGGUUUUAGGCGCGCGAGUCUCAGGCCCAGCUAAUUACCUGGCGGAUGCUGCCCACCCCUGCCCCCACGUACCUAGCGCUGUGGCAGGCGGGAAGGCGGGGCCUAGGGGAGCCCCACCCCUGAAGACUGCGGCUGGGGCUUCCCUCGCCUCCUCCCGCCUGCCCGCCUGCCACUAGCUCAUUGCGCCUCUCCUGCAGUCUGAUCGGUACCGGCUCCUAUUCCGGCUCUAACCUCCACUCCGACCCCCAUCUCGGCUGCAGCCUCGGACCUAGCUCCGGCCCUCAGUCUAUCCGCUUGCAUCCUCCCUCCCUGUUCCGGAUCCUGCCUUGCGCCAGCGCCUACUCCAGGAUCCCGUAGCCAUCCCGUAGCCAGACCCUCAAGCCAUGGCUGGUCCCUUCUCCCGUCUGCUGUCCGCCCGCCCGGGACUCAGGCUCCUGGCUUUGGCCGGAGCGGGGUCUCUAGCCGCUGGAUUUCUGCUCCGACCGGAACCUGUACGAGCGGCCAGUGAACGACGGAGGCUGUAUCCCCCGAGUGCUGAGUACCCAGACCUCCGAAAGCACAACAACUGCAUGGCCAGUCACCUGACCCCAGCAGUCUAUGCACGGCUCUGCGACAAGACCACACCCACUGGUUGGACGCUAGAUCAGUGUAUCCAGACUGGCGUGGACAACCCCGGCCACCCCUUCAUCAAGACUGUGGGCAUGGUGGCUGGAGAUGAGGAGACCUAUGAGGUAUUUGCUGACCUCUUUGACCCUGUGAUCCAAGAGCGACACAAUGGAUAUGAUCCCCGGACAAUGAAGCACACCACUGAUCUGGAUGCCAGUAAGAUCCGUUCUGGCUACUUUGAUGAGAGGUAUGUAUUAUCGUCGAGAGUGAGAACUGGCCGAAGCAUCCGAGGACUCAGUCUGCCACCAGCUUGCACGCGAGCAGAGCGACGUGAGGUGGAACGUGUUGUGGUGGAAGCACUGAGUGGCCUGAAGGGUGACCUGGCUGGACGUUACUAUAGGCUCAGUGAGAUGACAGAGGCUGAACAGCAGCAGCUUAUUGAUGACCAUUUUCUGUUUGAUAAGCCUGUGUCCCCAUUGCUGACUGCCGCAGGAAUGGCUCGAGACUGGCCAGAUGCUCGUGGAAUUUGGCACAACAAUGAGAAGAGCUUCCUGAUCUGGGUGAAUGAGGAGGAUCAUACACGGGUCAUCUCCAUGGAGAAGGGCGGCAACAUGAAAAGAGUGUUUGAAAGAUUCUGCCGAGGCCUCAAAGAGGUGGAGCGACUUAUCCAAGAACGUGGCUGGGAGUUCAUGUGGAAUGAGCGUUUGGGAUACAUCUUGACCUGUCCAUCUAACCUGGGCACUGGACUUCGGGCAGGAGUGCACAUCAAACUGCCCCUGCUAAGCAAAGACAGCCGCUUCCCAAAGAUCCUGGAGAACCUAAGACUCCAAAAGCGUGGUACUGGAGGGGUGGACACCGCUGCCACAGGCGGUGUCUUUGACAUUUCUAAUUUGGACCGACUAGGCAAAUCAGAGGUGGAGCUGGUGCAACUGGUCAUCGAUGGAGUAAACUAUUUGAUUGAUUGUGAGCGGCGUCUGGAGAGAGGCCAGGAUAUCCGCAUCCCCGCACCUCUCAUCCACACCAAGCAUUAACUCCCCAUCGCCAGCUGAUGACUCAGGAUUCCCAGGAGUUCUGUUCAUUCUAAGGAGGGCUCAUUCUACUUUGCUCCGGACCUGCCCCCGCAUCCCCUGCCUCCAUCCUAGUAAAGACUCCUUGCUAUACUGCA